AUGGCAGAUCGUGGAUUUAAUGUGCAAGAUAUAUUUGCAGCUAAAGGCAUUGGUAUAAAUAUUCCCACUUUUUUAAAAGGAAAGUCUCAACUAAGUGGUGUAAAGGUGAAACCGGAUAGACAAUUAGCUGGGCAACAAGAUCACAUUGAACGUUUAAUAGGUCUAAGUAAGACCUUUAACAUAUUAAUAUCAGAUUUAAAUCCUUGUUAUGUACCCCUAGCUUCUCGAAUUUUCUUUGUUUGUAUAAUGUUGUGUAAUUUCAGGGAAGUUUUUGUAAAUAAAUAA